AUGGCUUCAACCGAUCGUGAUGUGCUGCUUGUCCUGCAUCGGUCGACCGGUGGAGCUAGCUGGACGAACAACGCCAACUGGGACACGGAUGCUCCCAUCGGUGAUUGGCACGGAGUCAAAGUAAAGGACGACGGCCACGUGGUGAAGCUCGAUCUGGCCAGCAACAACCUCCGAGGCGAUAUUCCGGCUAUUCUGGGGAAGCUCAAGCUGUUGAAGACUCUUAUUCUCAGCGACAACACCCUGACCGCAAAGCCCGGGGGGGCACAACCCCAACUACUUUGGUCAGCUUUGGAAACGAGAACGUCAAAAGGCUCUAUUCCACCGGAGCUGGGGGAGAUGGAGUCGCUUGAGGUUCUUGACCUCGGUUCGAACGAACUUAGCGGUCACAUUCCCGAUCGGCUUGGACAGCUAGGAGUAAGCAUCAGGACCAAUGUGGAGGAGAACUUUACGGACGCCGGGAACAGAAGUGGCCAUCAAACCUUCGUACCUGAUCUGUACGCCGAAGGGAUCGGCAGCGAUCCCGAGGACGAGCGGGACCACUGGAGUUCGGAGCCAUUGGAACCUUUACACGAGCUCCGGUACGUGUCCUUCUUGUGGAGAGAUCAAGGAUGGGGCAAUCGGAAAGGGACGCUAUUCCUGAGCUUGGACCCGGGAUCCACGGACCAACAGUGUUCAACCCAAGAACCGAAGGAGCACCGGCAGCUUAUGCCAGAUCCAGCCGAGCAUAAAUGGACACAUGAAGUGAUGGAGAUUGAUCCGAAGGACCCCCUGAGACGGUUGGCAUGCGCCGGCGACCGUUACCGGCUGUCUUUCAUCGCGGGUGGUGGAGGCGGUCACAUCUUACAAGCGAGAAGAUUUACGCUGCAUUUCAGUGUUGCGGGAGGGAGCUGUGGCGACGAACUGUACUCCAGAGUGCUGUGGAAGAUCGACCUCAGCAACAACCAACUUACAGGAAACAUCCCGCAGGACCUCUCCAACCUUCGAGACCUUGGAGUGCUGAGAUUGGGCAGCAAUGGGCUAAGUGGAACCGUGCCGUCAGCUCUGGUUCGUCUGGAGAGACUUUUUGACGUAGACUUGACCAACAAUGAACUGAGUGUGCUACCUAUGGACUUGACGGCCAAAUGGGCGUUGGCGGUUCAAGACGACAAUCGCAAAGUGGGUGUGAGCGUGAACGGCAACCCUUGGGUACGGCCGCCACGAGCGUUUCUAGCACGGGGUCUCGUGAGUGCUGGGAGAUGGUGGGAUGGCAUCGCUCGCUUUGGUGAAGGGACAUCGAGCAAGCUCAAGAUGGUAUUGGUGGGACUUGCGGAAGCCGGCAAGACUACCAUCGUGCGCCAUUUCACCGGCGGCGAUCCAGCCGACAAGCGUACAAUUGGCGUCGAGCUCUCCGAAUGGAAACCAAAUAAAAACCUGCCUCUGGCAGUGAGCUUGUGGGACUUUUCAGGGCAAUCAGACUACCACGCUUCCCACCAAAUCUUUCUGACCGAAGGUGCCUUGUUCCUCUUGGUGGUGGACCUCUUCGAGCUCGGAAGGGACGAGAAGUCGGCCGGGAUCCCAGACCCUCGCGGAGCCAUUUACCGGUGGCUCGUUAUUCUACACGAACGCGUCCCUGGCGCGGUUGUCGCUCUCGUGGGCACGCAUGGGGACAAGUUUUUUCCUCGGCCACCUCCUUCCAGCGAAUCCGCGGGUGAUGAAGAUCGAGAAAACCGGAUUGACGUGUUGAACACCCUUCUCAAGAUUCUUGCCGGUUUGCUUCGACAGGAACGAGCCAAACUCGGAGGCCAACUCUCGGCUGAUAAACACCUCGGCAACCUGUUGCAGCUGGUUCGAACUCAAGUGGAGCCCCGAUUGUCCGCCGAUGACCUGGGGAACCUGGUGGAACUGCUACGGACUCAACUGGAAGACCACGUCUGGGCUGAUGAAGGGCUUGAUGACCUGAUGCGACUGGUACAAACCACACUGGUGGGCCAACAUUCGGAUGAAAAAUCAAAAUUCGAAGACCUGGUGCAGCUGGCACAAACUCGUUUGGAGGGUCAACUCUCGGCUGAUGACCUCUGCGAUGUGCUUCAAUGGGUACAGACUCGAAAUCAACUGGAGGGUCGCCUCUCGGCUGAAGGUCUAGGCGACCUCGUGCAACUGGUACGAACCAAUCUGCAGGGCCAACUCUCGGCUGAAGACCUUGGCAACCUCGUGCAACGAGUACGAGUCCAGUUGGAGCGCCAACUUUCGGCUGGAGGCCUUGCCUACGGCCUGGUGGAACUGGUACACUCCAACAUGGUAGGCCAACUAUCGGCUGAUGACCUUGACGACGUGCUGCAAUGGUUACGAGCUCAGCUGGAGGGCCACCUCUCGGCUGAAGGCCUUGGCGAUGUCGUGCAACUGGUACGAACCGAGCUGGAGGGCCAUCUGUCGCUUGAAGGCCUUGAGAACCUCGCUGUACGAGUUCGAAUCAAUUUGGAGGGCCAACUCUCGGCUGGAGGCCUUGCCGACGGCCUGAUGGAACUGUUUGCCUCUAAAAUGGUGAUCCAACUACCGGCUGAUGACCUUGGCGACGUGCUGCAAUGGUUGCGAGCUCGACUGGAGGGCCACCUCUCGGGUGAGGGCCUUGGCGACGUCUUGCAACUGGUACGAACCGAGCUGGAGGGCCAACUGUCGGCUGAAUGCCUUCGCGACCUCGUGCAACUGGUACGAACCAAUUUGGAGGGCCACCUCUCGGCUGAAGACCGUGCCGACAGCCUCGUGGAACUGGUACGCUCCAAACUGGUGAUCCAACUAUCGGCUGAUGACCUUGACGACGUUCUUCAAUGGUUACGAGCUCGACUGGAGGGCCACCUCUCGGCUGAGGGCCUUGGCGACCUCGUGCAACUGGUACGAACCGAGCUGGAGGGUCGACUGUCGCCUGAGGGCAUUGGCAACCUCGUGCUACUGGUACGAACCAAGUUGGAGGGACACCUCUCGGAUGCAGACCGUGCCGACGGUCUGGAGGAACUGGUACACUCCAAAAUGGAGUUCCAACUAUCGGCUGAUGACCUUGACAACGCGCUGCAAUGGUUACGAGCUCGACUGGAGGGCCACCUCUCGGGUGAGGGCCUUGGCGACGUCGUGCAACUGGUACGAACCGAGCUGGAGGGCCAACUGUCGGCUGCAGGCCUUGGCGACCUCGUGCAACGAGUACGGACAUGUUUGGAGGGCCAACUCUCGGCCGGAGACCUUGCCGACGUCCUGGUGGAACUGGUACACUCCAAACUGGUCGGCCAACUAUCGGUUGAUGACCUUGACGACGUGCUUCGAUGGUUGCGAGCUCGACUGGAGGGCCACCUCUCGGGUGAGGGCCUUGGCGACAUCGUGCAACUGGUACAAACCGAGCUGGAGGGCCAACUGUCGGCUGAGGGCAUUGGCAACCUCGCGCAACAAGUACGAAAAAAUUUGGAGGGCCACCUCUCGGAUGUAGACCUUGCCGGCGGCCUGGUGGAACUGGUACACUCCAAACUGGUGGGCCAACUGGCGGCUGAUGACCUUGACGACGUUCUUCAAUGGUUACGAGCUCGACUGGAGGGCCACCUCUCGGCUGAGGGCCUUGGCGACCUCGUGCAACUGGUACGAACCAAGCUGGAGGGCCAAUUGUCGGCUGAAGGUCUUGGCGACCUCGUGCAACUGGUACGAACCAAUUUGGAGGGCCAACUCUCGGGUACAGACCUUGCCGACGGCCUGCUGCAACUGGUACACUCCAAACUGGUGUGCCAACUAUCGGUUGAAGGCCUUCACUACAUGGUGCAAUUUGUACGAACUAAACUGGAGGACCAACGCCGGGCUGAAGACCUUGACGACCUGGUGCGACUGGUACGAACUCGACUGCAGGGCCAACUUUCGGCUGAAGAUCUAGACAACCUGCUGCAACUGCUACGAACUCAACUGGAGGGCCAGAUCCUGGGUGACGAAGAGCUUGACAAGCUGCUCCAACUGGAACGAAAAACACUGGUGGGGCAAUUCUCGGCUGAAGACAUUAACAAGCUCGAGCAGCUGGUACGAACUCGUCUGCAACUCUCGGGCGAUGAAGAGCCUGAUCACCUGCUCGAACUGGUGCGAACUACACUGGAGGACCAAGUCGUCUCGGCUGAAGACCUGGACGACCUAGUGCAGCUGAUGCGAAUUUACCUGCAGGACCAACUCCCGGCUGAAGACCUUAACGACCUGGUGCAAGUCCUACGAACUGAAAUGGAGGGCCGAAUCCCGGGUCCCCGGUAUGCUGAGGAGAUCAAGAAUGGCCAAAGGCAGCUCUACAAGGCGGAGAAGCGCUUCCGAACGCUUGUUCGUCAAUACCAGGAGGACAAGGCGAAGGAGCUCAAGCUCUCCUGCGGGAACGCAAGUGCGGAGAAGGACGACAGUUUUCAGAGAGGUUCUACACACCCUCUCAUCCUCCACCCAAGAGUUUUUUGUGCAUCUCUUGGCCUGGACAACAGGAUCGGCAGGCUAAGCGACUGGAUCAUAGGUGUGGCACCCGAGAAGAUAUCCUUCUCCUUUCCGGCUGUUGCUACAAUCUUGCCGGCAGCUUGGGUGGACGCGAUCGCCGCUGUCGAGGCGUUACACAAAGAGAAGGGGACACCGUACGUGCUGUGGGGUGAUGCAGUGAGAGCGUUCCAGCGAUAUUUCCAAGAGAAGCACAAAGAGGAGGGUAAAGAGGAGCGCAACAAGCCUCUGUCUGACGAAGACGCUGCGACCAACCUCAAGGAAGCGAUGAAGCAUCGAGAGGCGGAGGGAGGCGUGAUUUUGUCUUUGCGAGACGAGUCUUCCCCCGCACAAAGUGACAUGAUUCACGUGGAUCCUCGGUGGCUCAUCGAGCUCGUGAGGCGGGUCACGGAUCACAACCUCGUGGACAAGAAAAAGCAAAACAAGAUAUUGCAGGAGCUGCUCGAGUACGACAGAACCCGGCCUGACACUCUCAGUGGGUACAAGAACCUGUGCGAAACACACGCGUGCUUUAUUCGACAGGGUCGACUGAACCGGGAUUACCUUCGAUUUCUGUGGGUCCAUCGCAAGCUGGAAGUCGAAGGCGAUUACGCAGGAGCUCAAUUAGACAAGGACGCCUUCGACAGCAUGGUGGACACCAUGAUCAAGUACUUGUUCAUUUACCCCUCUCACGGGGAGUGCAGCAACGCGGAGGAUUGUCACAUCGUGCCGGCGAGGUUACCAGAGCAUGGGAACGAUAACAUUCUGGAGGAAAGCAUCGGGCUCGGCGAGGUGGUGGUGGGAAAGACAGCGUGGUUCCUGCGGAGCCACGCCCCAACAGGGAUAAUUGGGCGCUUUUUGGCCUUCACCUCAAGCAGGUUUGAGGCUUCAGGCAAAUGCUGGCAGCACGGGGCUCACAUUCAGUGGAAAAAGGACUCUAACGAGCACGAUGUGCUUCUUUGCGAGACCACGAUUGAAAAGGACAUAAUCCCUGGACAGAGCACCUUCCCUGCGAUUGCUAUUUGCGUCAAGGGCAAGACUGCGGAAGCUAAGGGCGUCCUGCGAGAGGUUGGAGAACAGCUAUUGAGUCUUCUCCAGGACAACAUCCACGGUUACCCGGGGCUCCGCUUGCCGAUAUUCGAGGAGCUUAACAUCACCCAAUCCGACCAAUUCCAAGUGCACUUCGAGCGAUACCUGGCCACACAAUUGGCUAAGAUCCUGGAAGAUACCAGGCGUGAAUCCGUUCGGAUGUUCCGGGCUGCGUUUCCAUCAUAUGGUGACCCUGUCGAGCUUCCGUAUCCACGACUGGUGCUACUCAAGCCUGUCGAGACCACUAGCAUCCAGGAAACGCAAGCCGAGGAGAGCGUUAAUGGCGCCAUACAACUGCGCAGGACGUGGGAUCGGUGGAUAGACCUCUGCAGAUCGGGUGGCAGCUGCGACUUUGUCCUCGUCUUUCUGUGCGAGCGCGACUUCUCGGAAAUUCCUUGCGGGCCACAGGGCAAGGGCUUCCGAGUACACAACCCGGGCUCAUUGUUCAACACGUUGAAGCCCUUGCUUCAGGGAGCUCUUUGGCUGGUGAAGAUCGCUGUCGGGACCGUGGCCAGCGUCGAUCUUCCACUUCACGACGUACUCGAAGCUUUCCUCCACGCCACCGCUGCCGAGGUGCUUGAGGCCGCGCCAAGCCAGUUCAGCCCAAGUGCCACUCUCGACGAAGGGCAGCAAGAGGGGUUCAAGGAAUUGCACGGACCGGCGUACAAGGCCUUGUGCGAUUUCAUGACAAAAGAGGAGUUCGGCCCAGAAGAGGCGCGGUGCGAGUCGUGCUUGCCUUGGUACCGCCCCCGGGUUCACGAGCCCAUACCGAGUGAAUUCGAUUGGAGAAGUCACAUGGAGAUGAUUAAGAAUGGUAUUGGAUACUCGUGGGUUCGAAAGUCUAGCGAGCAAUAACCUAGUAAUAUAAGUGGAGUAUAGGAAUGAAUGUAGCGCACAGGUGGCCUCCCUGGCGCUUUGGUGAUGUCCAUCAACAAUUCUUUGCCACCCUUUUUCAUCCCGCACGCGAUAGUUUUUUAUGUGCUGUUUGGUGUACCCUCGCAGUCCGUCGAGUUCAUACACAUCCGUUCAGACCGGAGGCGCACAGAGACUUCUCGCCGUACGCUUUGGCACUUGCGCAUAAGAAACCCCAAGUUGGGGAUCCGCGGCCUCAUCUUUUGUGUGGUGAAUGCCGUAGGAAAUAGUGUAGGAUACGUCGCCUGGCUGGGUGUGUUUGUUGUUGGCCAACUAACUCUCUCAUUUCGUUGUUCGCAGUAUUCCCCACGCUCGUUUUCACAACGACCAACGACACAUUUUUCUUUCCGUCGGUCUCCAACUGCAAGUACCUCGGGUAGCGCGUGUGUUGCGUGAUGUUGUGCCGAGUUGGGCAGGUUCCCACUGGAUGGGAGGGCUUGCGCGGUAUGGCGGGGGGGGGUUGUGGAUUGUAUUACGUGCGUUGAGGUGGGGGUUGGCGUUGAUUUCGGCAGGGAUUUUGUUGUGUUUGGUUGAACGAAACGGCCGGUGUGUAGGCUUGGCUCGGACCGGUCUUGGUUUGUUUGAGUGUGGGUUA